CCUUUCUGGUAUUAUGCAUGCAAACCAAGAGCUCCGACCGAGCGCUUGUUUAGCGUCAUGGAAGUCACUUCUAUGAAGUAGAGAAGAAACCCUUUGGAUGCAGCAACCGUGCGGCGGAAAGCCCGGCUUCAAGGGACAGCGGAAUACUGUAUUCGGGCUUGCUUGCAUUCAUUUUUCUAAACGUGGACAAUCAUGGUUUUGUUCUCCUGGGGAAUUAGUUUUUUAGUAUUACUCUCUGAACUAAUGAAUGCACUAGCUUCAACGGGGAGACUGCGAGGUUCAGAAAAAGCGAAAUUACAGCAGUUUGGCGCGUAUGAGAUUGUAACUCCGGCCAGAUUGAAUGAAGUCGGUGAGCAACUGCCAACGGGCGUGCACUUCAAGAGGAGAAAGCGGAGUACCGACCCAACAACCGCCAACAUCUCUCAUCAUUGGACCUCGCCGCACGCCUAUUAUCAAAUAUCUGCCUUUGGGCAGGACUAUUACCUUAACCUUACUCUCGAGUCUGGAUUUAUUGCGCCAGUUUACACUGUCACGACACUCGGAGCAUCCAGUGAAGGGCAUAAUUCAGUUGAGGGGGAGGAGGAGGACACGGAGUAUCAGCACUGCUUUUAUAAAGGACAUGUGAACGCUGGGCAGGAGCACACUGCAGUAAUCAGCCUCUGCUCCGGUUUGCUUGGCACUUUCAGGUCACCAGAAGGGGAGUUUUUUGUGGAGCCCCUUCAUAGCUACAAUAGUGAACAUUAUGAAGAAGAACACAUCAAACCUCACGUCGUGUACAGAAAAGAUGCCUCAAAAAAGACUGUAGAUGAUUCCACUGCAUGUGAAACUUCAGGACAUACAGAGCCACACCGCAGAAACAGGAACAGACUGAAGAGAAAGUUGCCCUCCAGCAUGCUGUCCGACCUGGAGACUCUUAAUUCCAGACUCUUCCCCUUCUCAGAAAACAAGCACAACUCCGCUAAUGAAAGCAGUGACUCCAAGCCACACCGGAGAUCAAAGCGUUUCCUCUCCUACCCCCGUUUUGUUGAAGUCAUGGUUGUGGCAGACAGCAAGAUGGUGGAACAUCAUGGAAGCAACCUUCAGCACUACAUUCUUACCCUGAUGUCCAUCGUUUCCUCCAUCUAUAAGGACCCCAGCAUUGGAAACCUGAUUAACAUUGUUAUUGUGAAGCUGGUCAUUAUAAAGAAUGAGCUGGACGGUCCCACUAUCUCCUUCAAUGCACAAGCCACUUUGAAAAACUUCUGCAUAUGGCAGCAAAGUCAAAAUCACCCUGAUGACAACCAUUCCUCACAUCACGAUACCGCCAUCUUAAUCACAAGGCAGGACAUCUGUCGAGCACGGGACAAAUGUGACACUUUAGGUCUAGCUGAGCUGGGUACAGUUUGUGAUCCUUAUAGAAGUUGCAGUAUUAAUGAGGAUAAUGGACUCAGUACUGCUUUCACCAUCGCUCAUGAGCUCGGCCAUGUGUUCAACAUGCCUCACGAUGACAGCAACAAAUGCAAGGAGGAUGGAGUCAAGAAUCAGCAACAUGUGAUGGCCCCUACGCUCAACUAUUACACCAAUCCCUGGAUGUGGUCCAAAUGCAGUCGGAAAUACAUCACAGAGUUCCUCGACACAGGGUAUGGUGAAUGUUUGCUUGAUGAGCCGGUUUCUAGGCCAUACAGUUUGUCCCAGCAGCUGCCCGGACAGAUAUACAGCGUCAAUAAACAAUGUGAGCUGAUAUUUGGGCCUGGGACGCAGGUGUGCCCAUAUAUGACACAAUGCCGGAGGUUGUGGUGCACCAGUCCUGAUGGAGUCCAGCGGGGCUGUCGAACCCAACACAUGCCAUGGGCUGAUGGCACAGACUGCGCUCCAGGAAAGCAUUGUAAACAUGGCCUGUGCAUCCAUAAAGAGCAUGAAUAUGUUCCAGUUGAGGGUGCCUGGGGCGGGUGGAGUCACUUUGGCACAUGCUCAAGGGCCUGCGGAGGGGGAAUCAAGAUCGCUGUCCGCGAAUGUAACCGACCCGUACCCAGAAAUGGGGGGAAGUAUUGUGUUGGACGCAGGAUGAAAUUUCGCUCCUGUAACUCUGAGCCAUGCUCCAAGCAAAAGAAAGACUUCAGGGAGGAACAGUGUGCUAGCUUUGAUGGACGGCACUUCAACAUCAAUGGUCUACCUCCAAAUGUCCGCUGGGUGCCAAAGUACAGCGGAAUUCUGAUGAAGGAUCGCUGUAAGCUAUUCUGUCGUGUGGCGGGCAGCACAGCUUACUACCAACUCAGGGACAGAGUGACUGACGGCACACAGUGUGGACCUGACACUAAUGACAUCUGUGUUCAGGGCCUGUGCAGGCAAGCAGGAUGUGACCAUGUGCUGAACUCCAAGGCCAGGAGAGAUAAGUGCGGGGUGUGCGGUGGGGAUAACUCUUCAUGCAAGCCUGUGGCAGGAACGUUCAACAUAGUGCAUUAUGGUUACAAUGUGGUGGUGAGAAUUCCCAGUGGUGCUACAAAUAUAGAUGUGAGACAACACAGCUACUCAGGGAAAGCAGAGGACGAUAACUACCUCGCCUUGUCCAACAGCCGUGGAGAAUAUUUACUCAAUGGAGAUUUUGUGGUCAGUAUGUUUAAAAGGGAAGUCAGAGUAGGGAAUGCUGUUAUUGAAUACAGCGGCUCUGACCAUGUCGUGGAGAGAAUCAACUGCACUGACCGCAUUGAAGAGGAGAUUAUUAUCCAGGUGCUAUCCGUAGGAAACCUCUACAACCCUGAUGUCAGGUAUUCUUACAACAUUCCCAUAGAGGACAAACCUCAGCAUUUCUUCUGGGAUGCGUACGGCCCGUGGCAGGAUUGCAGUCUUUUGUGCCAAGGAGAGCGCAAGAAGAAGAUCUUGUGCAAUCGUGAAUCGGAUCGAGUGGUGGUUUCUGAUCAGCGGUGCCACGGUUUACCUAAACCAGCUGCGAUCACUGAGCCAUGCAACACAGACUGUGAACUCGGGUGGCACAUUGCUCGCAAAAGUGAGUGCACAGCCACAUGUGGUGUGGGUUACCGGUCUUUGGACAUUUACUGCACCAAACAAAGCAGAUUGGAUGGGAAAACCCAGAAGGUGGAUGAGCGGUACUGCAGCAGCCAACAUAAGCCCGUUGACAAGGAGGUCUGCCAUGGAGACUGCAACCCUGGAGGAUGGGAGUACUCCUCCUGGUCUGAGUGUUCCAGGAGCUGUGGAGGAGGAACACGUCGCAGGAAUGCAAUAUGUGGAAAGUCUGACGAAAGAGAUGACGAUAGCAAGUGCAACCCACAAGAAAAGCUCACAGCUCAGCCCUGUAAUGAGUUCCUGUGUCCUCAGUGGAAAACUGGAGACUGGUCGGAGUGUUUGGUAACAUGUGGCAAAGGCUAUAAACACCGUCAGACUUGGUGUCAGUUUGGAGAGGAGCGUUUGGAUGUCCGUUUCUGUGACUCAUCCAAACCCGAGUCGGUGCAGGCCUGCCAACAGCAAGAAUGUGCGUCUUGGCAGGUGGGACCCUGGGGACAGUGUACCACCACAUGCGGACCGGGAUAUCAGAUGAGAGCUGUGAAGUGUGUGGUUGGCUCAUAUGGCUCUGUUAUGGAUGACACUGAAUGUAAUGCAGCAACACGUCCAACAGACACUCAGGACUGUGAACUCUCUCAGUGCCCCGUGACUCAUCCUGUGGCCCCAGAGCCCAAAGUGAUGCCACAUCCUGGCCAUAAAACACAGUGGCGCUUUGGAUCAUGGACACAGUGCAGCGCCACCUGUGGAAAAGGCACACGCAUGCGUUAUGUAAGUUGCCGUGAUCAGCAGGGUGGAGUGGCAGAGGAAUCAGCCUGUGCUCAUCUGCCAAAACCUCCUGCUAGUGAGGUCUGCUCUAUAGUGGCGUGUGGACAGUGGAAGGUUCUGGAAUGGACUGCGUGCUCCGUAUCCUGUGGUCAGGGUACGACUACACGGCAAGUAGUGUGUAUGAACAUCAGCGAUCAGGUUGUGGAACUGAGUGAGUGUGACCUAGAUGACAAACCAGCGGCAGAGCAGGAGUGUGCCAUGCCCCAGUGUCCAUCCCGCUCCACCGACCACGGGGGCUUUUCACCCAACCCCGAUUUUCGGAAAAAAACAGCUCUUCCAGGACGAACUGACCGCAACAGAGCAGGCAGACUUCAGGCCCAGCAGUGGAGGACGGGACCAUGGGGGGCGUGUUCGAGUACCUGUGCCGGAGGCUUCCAGAGGCGUGUGGUGGUGUGUCAGGAUGAGAACGGAUAUCCGGCCAGCAGCUGUGAUGAGAGCAUUCAGCCCAUUGAGCAGCGCUCUUGUGAGUCCGGCUCCUGCCCGCAGUGGUUCUACGGCAACUGGAGUGAGUGUUCAAAAUCCUGCGGAGGAGGGAUAAAGACCCGGCUGGUCGCCUGUCAGCGUCCCAACGGGGAGCGUUUUAACGAUCUGAGCUGUGAAAUUCUUGACAAACCACCCGACCGAGAACAGUGCAAUACUCAGUCCUGUUCUAUUAACCCUCACUGGAGCACAGACCAAUGGAGCUCGGUACGCUCAUAACUAUUUAACCCUUUUCCCCUUCAUAAGUUCUUAUUCUCACAACAGGCUGAGGUUUCUUUACACCCAAGACGUGAAGAAAACAAAUGGAAACUCUUUAACGGUUUGAUCUUUUGCUGCUUUGAGGUUGCACUUAAAGACCUACCAAAACAUGCAGUUCUAUAUUGGUUGAAAGUUUUAUUUCCUAACUGAAAAAGUGAGCAUCUCUUUGGUUGACUUGUUUUGUUUUGUUUUUUGCCCAAUGCAGCUGUACUUUACAUUAAUUCUAAUGAUUGUGAUGGUAUUUGUGGUGGUUUGUGUUCAAAACAUAGUACAGUUGUGUAUAGUAUUUACAAUGCAGGCAGUUUACUUUGGUAUAUUGUUUGAUUUUUGUUUCUAUUGCUCUUUGUUAUUAAUUUUUUUAACCAUACCUCAAGUGAAACUCAGCUAGCCAUUGACCUUUUUUAAAAUUUAUGAUGGUGCUUUUUCAGUACAAGGGAGACUUUGUGAAAAUCUGUUUAUAGUUGCUAUAUUUUUGUAUAUUUAAGGUGACUGACUGAAGUAAAUACAAAACUAAUUGUGACGUAAAUCAAAUGUAGCUUUUGUUCAUUUUUAUGUCUGUUGAUUUGUUCUGAUAGCCUUUUGUAUUCUUUUUGCUAGGUUAUUAUUUUUAAAAUCAGUAUUAUUAUUUUAGUUUUGUGUACAAAUCUAGUUUUUUUGUUUGUUUAUGUUUUUUUGUAAGUUUGUUUUGUUGGCCAGUUACUUGUGUCUACCUCAUUCUCAAUGAAGAGCCCCAUAUCCACGUUCUCUCUACUUUAUAUUAGUGGAUGCGGAUACAAAAUAUUAACAUCCCUAAAUUUAUACCUUGAAGUGUUAGAGCAGCCAGAAAUUAAAAUUCUGUUAUUUAUUACUCAGCUUUAUGUCAUUUCAAUCCCCUGAGACUUUCGUUCAUCUUCACUACACAAAUGAAGAUAUUUUAGAUGAAAUCCUAGAGCUCUCUCAUCCUCUAUAGCCAGCUGUAGAUGUUCAAAGUCCUGAUGUCAAAACAUGCCACUUCAGUGGUUCGGCUUUAAUUAUACAAAGCUCCAAAAACACUUUGUAAAUCUGCAAAAACAACUUUACUAAUGUUUUCCACAUCAGAUCAGGAAGCGUGUUUACCAUGGCAAUACUAUGCUUGCUUGUUGCGUUGCUGACUCUAAUGGUGAAUAUGUCAUACUUUAUUUACAAACUUCAUUUACAUUUACAGGUUUUUUUUUUGGUGCACAAAAAUGUUCUUGGAGCAUGAUUACAGUUGAUCCACUGAAGUCACAUGGAAGCACUUGGAACAUCUCUGAAACAUUGCUGUCUAUGGAGGGUGAGGGAGCUCUCAUGCUGUGUUCACACCAGACGCGGUAUGCGCGGAUAACUCAUGCUAUUCACGCGUAAAUAGAUAAACAAUUUGAGUUUACUCGCUUCAUUUGCGCGUCAAAUCCGCUUCAUUCACGCGUCAAAUUCACUUCACAACAGACGUAGACUCGCGUCAUGGGUGGGUCUUCUGUCUGCCCGGUGACUCUAGCUUCGUUACUAAAUGGCUAACAGGAAUUUUAUUGAGAGAAUAGCUGUGUUUAUGUGCUUUAGGAAGAUUAAAAAACUGUUGAUUCAUUUGGAGCCGUGCCUGAGUCCAUUCUGAGGUUCACCCAGCUCUGUGAGCUCAUAAACUUUUCCAGAAACUAUACCUGGAUGAUGGAAGCCUUUCAGCUGUGCUUAUGACUGAGCCGAGCCCAGUUUGAUGAACUGUUGUCCAGCGUUGGCAGAAGGAUUUUCCUCCGGGACACCAACAACAGGCGCUACGUCAUAAUCACUCCCCUGCAAGAGAAAGCUCCUGAUUGGUUAACGCGGCGCAAAUGUCCGCUGAAGUUCAGAUUUUCCAACUUGAGUGAACUCGUGCCGCUUCAGUUGCACAAAUCGCAUCAUUCCUCAUUCGCACGUAUCUUGCCGCAGGAUGUCUUUUCGCGUCUUUGCAUUGGCUUAACAUGUAAAUCACUCGCACUUGACGCUUCUUCUGUGUCUGGUGUGAACACAGCAUUGGAUUUCAGCUAAACUCUAAUCUCAAUUUUUAUUCCGAUGAUGGAUGAAGGUCUCUGGGGAAUUGUAAUGACAUGGGAAUGAGUAACUGAUAACAUAAUUUUUAUUUUUGGGUGAACUAACCCUUUAAUUUGUUCUAUAAUAUCUCAUGGAUAUGAUAGUAGAUGAUGACCAAAUUUAGGAGACACUUACAGUGUUGAAAAAAUGUUUUCCACCAUAAACAAUAUAGUUAAAAUUGUUAUAAAAUGUGGAUUAAAAAUAAUAAAUUACAGUUUGAAUUUUAAAGGGACAUUUCACACCAAAAUGAAAGUUUGCUGUUAAUCCUUUAACAUGCACUCUAAAAAAAAAAAAUCACUGCCAAUUACUUUCAUUAAAUUGUGUUCCUGACACCCCUCAACCCCCUUUUGUUCUUCAUUUAAACAUUAAAUAAUAAUUACAAAUUAAAUUUUGAUCUUUAGAGAUUCAUAAAAUGCAACUCAAUGGCAGGGAACAGAAAAUAAAUACCAGUGGCUUCUGGUGAUAUG